ACAAAAACAACGUUACGCAGUUCCGUACAGAGUGAAACGCUUGCAAUUUUUAGCAGUCCAUUUUAAUGUUAACAUAUUUUUACCUUCUUAUUUCUUUGAUAAAGAAAUUGCAUUCACCAAGAAUGACUUCAGUAUUGCAAGCGUUAUCUCACCUGAUUGGCCAGUGGAUGGAUGUACAAGGAAUUUUGAUAUUUCUGAGUGUGCUGCUUUUGGUGAAACAUCUGUGUGAUGUUUGUUCAAAGAACAUGCCGCCUGGUCCCUUCCCUCUGCCUUUCAUUGGAAACAUUUUGAAUUUAGGCUUUAAAGAUCCACUGGGUUCCUUCCAAAGGAUUGCUGAGCGGUAUGGAGGGGUGUGCACAAUAUAUUUUGGAGACAAACCUUUAAUACUGCUCACUGGAUACAAGACUUUCAAAGAGGCAUUUGUGGAGCAGGCGGACGUCUUCACUGACCGGCCGUACUUCCCUUUAAAUGACAAGCUUAGUAAAGGGAAAGGUCUGAUCAUGUCUAAUGGACACAUGUGGCGUCAACAAAGGCGUUUUGCUGUGUCGACACUGAAGUAUUUUGGUGUGGGGAAGAAAAUUCUAGAAAACUCCAUUCUGCAGGAGUGUCGCUUUCUCUGUGACACUGUGCACACUGAACACGGUCUGCCCUUUAAUCCUCACCAUCUUUUGACCAAUGCAGUGGCUAAUAUAAUCAGUGGCUUGGUGUUUGGCCACAGGUUUGAGUAUGGUGACCAUAAAUUCCAUUUGAUGCAGCAUUAUAUUGAUGACAUCUUACAGCUUCCUCUCUCUAACUGUGGUCGGUUAUAUAAUCAGUUUCCCAAACUGAUGUCCUUGCUUCCAGGACAGCACCAGACUGCAUUUGCCAGCAUGUCUAAACUUCAGCCCUUUAUGCAUGAGGAAAUCAACAAACACAAGGAGGAGAGAGACCCCUCCAAUCCCAGAGACUACAUUGACUGUUAUCUGGAUGAAAUUGAGAAGUGUAAGGACAAUGCAGCAGAGUUCACAGAGGAAAACCUCAUACACUGUGUGGUGGAUCUGUUUUCAGCAGGCACAGAAACCACCUCUAAUACACUCAGAUGGGCAUUACUCUACAUGGCCAAGUAUCCAGAAGUACAGGAGAAAGUCCAGUCUGAGAUUGAUCAGGUGAUCGGACAGACGCGUCAACCCUUGAUGGAUGACCGAACAAACCUGCCGUACACCUACGCCGUGAUCCAUGAGAUUCAGAGGUUUGCAAACAUUGCUACUUUUACGCCUCCACGAGUGGCCAACAAGGACACCACAGUGGCAGGAUGUCUCAUUCCAAAGGGAGUGAUAGUGAUGCCAAUGCUGAAGACAAUCCAGCUGGACAAGAAUGAAUACAGAACUCCUUAUGAAUUCAACCCUGCACAUUUUCUGGAUGAAAAUAGCAAAUUUUUGAAGAAAGAAAAUUUCAUACCAUUUUCAAUUGGUAAGAGGAUGUGUCCAGGAUUACUGUAUUUUAAAGCCCAGGGAAUUCAGAGACAAACCAAGACAUCUCGCUAUCUCAGCACUGAAAUGGCAUCAGUGUUGCAAGCGUUAACACACCUGAUGGACCAAUGGAUGGAUGUACAAGGAAUCCUGAUAUUUCUGUGUGUGCUGCUUUUGGUGAAACACCUAAGUGAUGUUCGUUCAAGAAACCUGCCACCUGGCCCCUUCCCUCUGCCUUUCAUUGGAAAUUUUUUGAAUAUCGGCUUUAAUGAUCCAAUGGAUUUCUUUCCAAAAAUUGCUGAGUGGUAUGGAAAUGUGAGCACUCUGUUCCUUGGAGAAAAACCCUGUAUACUUCUCACUGGAUACGAGUCUUUCAAAGAGGCAUUUGUUGAACAGGCGGACAUCUUCACAGACAGACCAUACUUCCAUGUGAAUGACAGGAUCUGUAAAGGGAAAGGUCUGAUCUUCUCCGGUGGGCACAUGUGGCGUCAGCAGAGGCGUUUUGCUCUGUCAACACUGAAGUAUUUUGGUGUCGGCAAGAAAACUUUAGAAAACUCCAUCCUGCAAGAGUGUCACAUUGUCUGUGAUGCUCUGCAUACUGAACGAGGUUUGCCAUUCAACCCUCAUCAUGUCUUGACCUAUGCGGUCGGUAAUGUAAUUUGCAGUCUGGUUUUUGGCUACAAGUUUGAUUACGACAACCAUCAUUUUCAUCAGCUGUUGCAGUAUUCGGAUGACAUCUUCAAGCUGCCUGUCAAUAACUGGGGUCGGUUGUAUAACGAGUUUCCCACUCUGAUGUCCUUGCUGCCGGGACAACACCAGACUGCAUUCGCCAACCUUUCCAAGUUGAAGUUCUUUUUUCAGGAGGAAAUCAGGAAACACAAGGAGGACAGAAACCCAUCCAAUCCCAGAGACUACAUUGACUGCUAUCUGGAUGAAAUUGAGAAGAGCAAGGACAGUGCUGCCGAGUUCACAGAAGAAAACCUCAUACACUGUGUAUUGGAUCUGUUUGGAGCAGGCACAGAAAGCACUGCUAAAACUCUCAGCUGGGCAUUACUUUACAUGGCCAAAUAUCCAGAAGUGCAAGAGAAAGUCCAAUCUGAAAUUGAUCAGGUGAUUGGACAGACACGGCAGCCCUCGAUGGAAGACAGAACUAGUGUGCCAUAUACCUACGCUGUGAUCCAUGAGAUUCAGAGGUUUGCAAAUGUUCUUGCCUUCAUUCCUCCAAGAAUAGCCAGCAAAGACACCACAGUGGCAGGAUGUGUCAUUCCUAAGGGUGUAAUGGUGCUACCAAUGCUCAAGCCAAUCCUAGAAGACAAGAAAGUGUACAGCACUCCAUAUGAAUUCAACCCUGAACAUUUUCUGGACGAAAACGGAAAAUUUGUGAAGAGAGAAAAUUUCAUCCCUUUUUCAAUAGGUAAGAGGAUGUGUCCAGGUGAGCAGCUCGCUCGUAUGGAGCUCUUCCUCCUCUUCAUCUCUCUGAUGCAGCAUUUUACCUUCCUGCCGCCUGAGGGACAGACGCUGAGUCUUAAAAGGACAGUUGCCAUCGCGUCUGCUCCAGAACCUUUCCAGAUACGUGCUGUGCCUCGAUAGAGUGACAUCAGUCAAAUCACAGCACACUGCCAGAGCACAAAUAAACUGAAUAACAUAUGUGCAUGUCAUAUUUUUUUUUUUUUUUUUUGUAACAUAAAGCACUGUGUAUGAAACUAUCAAUGAAAAUGACAUUAGGUUUCAGAUCACACCAAGUAGUUAUCUACAGGAUGCCAAUAACAAUAAAAUAGGCAAAGCUCAAAGUAUGCAACAUGAAUUAAAAAAAAAAAAAAGUUGUAAGGACUCCAACAUAAAUAUAUUUGUUGUACAAGAAUUUUUUUUUUUUUUUUUUUUGCAAUUAGCAAUGUUUUACACCACACUAUAAGUAAAUAAA